AUGUCAUCGUUUAAGGGAUUGUUUAAGGCUGGACAAACGGUCUACUUUUAUCAUCCGCAGGACUCAUGGAUUGUUGGAGUGAUUGAAAGCGUGGAUCCCAACAACAAAAAGGGAGCCUACUUGGUAAAACCAAACCCUUCACUGAAUUCGGAUCCCAUUUCCAACGAGAAUCCGUUGCUUCUUGAUGAAGAUUUGCUGUUCCCAUACUCGGACGAUUUACAAAAACUUGAUCAUAACGAUUUGCUAGCCAUGAGCGAACUACACGAGGUAACUCUUCUAACCUGCCUCCGAAACAGAUUCAAAAAGGAUGUUAUUUACACCAUGAUUGGAGGAGUUCUUGCUGUUGCAAUGAACCCGUUCAAAUGGACCAUUCCAUACGUUCAGGAUGAUAAAAUGGAUUUGUACAUCAACCAAAGCAAAACAGUGAUGCCUCAUGCGUGGUCCAUUGCUGACAAUGCUUAUAGAAUUAUGACAGAAACCAAACAGAAUCAGUCAAUUCUGAUCAGUGGAGAGUCAGGUGCAGGAAAAACUGAGGGAUGCAAAACUGUCAUCAAGUACUUGUCAAAGCUCAGUUGUUCGAUCACCAACGAUGAAAAAAUAAGAGAACGAGCUUCAAAGAUCGCUCUCAAAAUCCAAGAGUGUUCACCAAUUCUCGAAUCCUUCGGAAAUGCCAAGACUCAAAGAAAUGACAAUUCAUCACGAUUUGGUAAAUUCAUUAUCAUGCAAUUUGACAAGGAUGGUGUUAUUCUUGGUGCUUUCAUGUACAAUUACCUUCUCGAAAAAUCAAGAGUAAUUUCUCAGUCCACAGGAGAACGAGGCUAUCAUAUUUUCUAUCAAUUAUUGGCGGGGUGUGAUGCCAAGAAAAAACAAGAAUUAUUCCUAACCAAACCAGAAGACUAUGCGUGUAUUAAUGGAGGAAAAUGUUUUAAAGUGGAUGGUGUUGAUGAUGCCAAGGAAUUUCAAGAAGUUGUAAAGGCAAUGAACAUUGUCGGAUUGAGCCAAGAAGAACAGGAUUCAAUUUUUAGAAUUGUGGCUGCUGUUUUAAAUUUGCAAAAUCUCAAAUUCAAACCCAAAGGAGAUGCAUCCGAAAUAGAAAAUAGAACAGUUUUAAACAAUGCAUCUUCUCUACUUAAACUAGAGGCCGCCAGUCUUGAGAAAGCUCUCACAUCCAUGUAUGUCACUGCUGGAAAGGACUUGAUUUUGAAAGGACUAAGUCCAGCUAAAGCCUGUGAUGCCAGAGAUGCAUUUUCAAAGGCCCUCUAUGAUGCAACAUUUAAUUGGAUCAUUAGGAAGAUUAAUCAGAAUUUGGAUGCGUCAAAAGAUCACAAAGUUGACAACUUUAUUGGAUUGCUUGAUAUUUAUGGAUUUGAAGCAUUCCAAAAAAAUAGCUUUGAACAACUUUGUAUCAACUACGCCAAUGAAGCACUGCAGGGAGUUUACAACAAUUAUACCUUUAAGAGAGAUGUCGAGGAAUGUAAGCAAGAAGGAAUUGAUGCCACUGCAGUGACCUUCAAUGACAAUGUUGAAUGUAUCGAAUUGAUUCAAAAGGGAGUUGUUAAUUCUAUCACUGAUUGCUGUAAAUCAAAUUCUACGGAUUUUGACUUUUUAGAUAACAUCAAAAAAUUGUAUUUUAAAAAGUCAAAAUUCUUUGAUGCUUCACCAUUGAAGAAAGAAGAAUUCAUUCUCAAGCACUACGCUGGCGACGUAGCCUAUGAUGUUAAUGGAUGGAUUGAAAAGAAUAAGGACACUUUGAACAAUGAUUUGUUCAAGUUAACAAAAACAAGCAAAUGUUCCUUCAUCUCAGCUUUACUGGAGGACAACGGAAGCGCUAAAGAUACAGUUGCUGAAUCAUUCAGAAAGCAGCUUAAUGUCUUACUCUCUACUAUCAAUUCGACGAGACCUCAUUACAUUAGAUGCAUCAAACCUCAUCCUGCUAAAAAGCCAAAUAUGUUUAGUACAACAGAGGUCAUGAACCAAUUGAGAUCUUCAGGAGUUCUUGAGACAGUAAAAAUUAGAAGAGAAGGCUACAGUGUAAGAAUGCCAUUUGAUCAAUUUUAUCAUAGAUUCAAAGUAAUUCAUCUUCAAAGCUCGUCUCGUAAAGAUUGUAAAACCAUUGAUGAGAUGAAAAAGGCUUGCGAAGAAAUCAUUGCACAAGUAGGAUUUGAUAAAGUUAAGGCUCAAAUUGGAAACACUAAGGUUUUCAUGAGACAUUAUGCAUAUUCAGAUCUCGAAGUUAUAAGAGGUCAGAAAUUGAUCCAGUAUGCAACCAUUAUUCAAUCAUCACUUAGAUCUUUAAAGUCCAAACGAGAGUUAACUCAUUUAAAAAACCUUAAAAGACAAGAAGAAGAAAGAAUUUAUUAUGAAAAGCAUAAAGAAGAAAUUGAAAGAAAACGCAGAGAAGAAGAAGAGAGAAUGCGAAUUGAAAGAGAAAGAAUUGAAAGAGAAGAAGCAGAACGUAAAAGACUUGAAGAAAUUAAAAGGCAAGAAGAAGAAAGAAUUGCUAGAGAAAAGAGAGAACGAGAAGAGUUGAUCAUGAGAGAACAAAUCAAAUUGAACAAACUCAAAGAGAUUCAAAUGAAGAAAAUUGAAGAGUUAAAGAGAAUAGAGGCUGAAAAGGAAGAGAGAGAGCGUAUCAAACGUGAGUUGGCUCACUUUGAGAAUGGAAAGACCUUGGCUGAGGAACCUACAAGCGUUAGAAUUUGGAGAGUCGAUGACGGCAAGAUUGUAGGAUUUUCCUUGUCUGAAGCUAGAAAAGAUCUUUUAUAUAGAAUCCGAACAGAUCAACUCUAUACUUUGGAAGAAUGUAAAAUAUUAAUUAAGGAAGUGGUCAGAGUGAUGAAGAAUGAUGCUGAGAGAGAUUUUAAGAAUUUAUUGUUUUUAAGCAAAUUCAGAACAGAAGUACUCUAUCCAAAACCAAUUGUAUCCAACUACAUACCAGAGUCACACGGAUUGGAUGGAUUCUUUGAUAGUCCUGAAAUUAAAAAGUUAAUCUAUGGAAAGGUGGUUAUUAAGGCAAUUGAUCCUUCCAACACAAAGGAAAGUAUUUUGGUUGCAAAAGAGAAGUUGAAAUUACUUGUGCUCAAUAUCAAUAAGAAUAUCGUCAAGUUAAUUGAUCAUGCUUUGAUACAACGAAAAGAACGAUUGUUGAUUAUUGCAACCAUAUUGGAGGAGCUGGAAACAAGUUCCAUCAAAAAGUACUUGCAUCCCAAUGAAUUACUAGUGGUCAUGCAAAAGAUUAAACAACAACAGCAUCAACAAUGA